CAAUCAUGGCAGUUUUGCUGAAGAGCAUUAUUUCUGGUACAGAGGAGAGCUCUAAAGUACUACUUGAAGAUUCUACUGAGCAUAAUGGCCGACCACUUUUAAGAAAUAUUUUAAUUCAACUUGUGAAAAGGUAUGACAUUGUGCAUGUGUUACUUACGGACUUGUCUAAAGAUACAUGGAUAGGAGGUCUGUCUGAAUUUGUACUUAAGAGAAUAAUUAUUAGUCAAUGUUUAACUGAUCCAGUAGGCUGGAACAUUAAAAGUGACAAGUCUCCAGAUAUACUGAUGAAUAUAUUUCGGUUUCCUAAACCAGCAAUGUCAUCCAGUUUAGCACUCAUUGUUGAUAACUUAUCUACUUUGCUAAUUUAUUAUGAGUAUACUGAAUUGUGUAGAACCAUUCAAACAUUAGGAAAGAGCUAUUCAACCUCAUACUAUCUCAUUCAUCAUGAUCUUUGUGAAGAUCACAUAAGUAAUGGACUCCACCACGUGAUGUCAUCAACUAUAAGAAUGUUUCCAAGAAGAAAUGAUCAAAAACUUUUGUGCUCUUUAUGCCACAAAAGAAAAUCUGGAAAGAUACUCAGAGAAAUAAAUACCUAUGCUAUCGAAAAUGAAGAUAUAAUUUGUCACAAGUAUGAGGAAAAGAAUAAAAUAGAGAAAUCAGUUGAGCAGGUUCCCAUUGAUCCAACUGCUAACUUGACCUUUGACCUUCGUUUGACAGAGAGGCAGAAACAAGACAGAUCACGUGUUAUUUUACCUUAUACACAACAAAUUAACAAAAGUGGAGAAACACAAAUGGGUAGUGGACUAGUAACAUAUGAAUUAGAUGAAGUUGAUGACUGGGAUGAGAGCGACCCAGAUGAUGACUUGGACAUAUAAUAAAUCACACAA